UCUUCCCCAUUCCUCCAUUCCACCUUCACCUUAAACUAAUCGAUUAUGAAGAAUCAGCAGCCUCAUUCACGCCUUCACCACUCGCGCGGAUCGCUAUUCGUCCUCUCCACAAAAUCCACAGGGGUUGUUGCAGCCGUUGCAGUCGGACUCGCUGCGGCUGCGCGUCCUUCCGCUGCAAAAAUGACGAACGGUGCCCUCUUGAUAUCCGUGGGAGCACUGCAAUGCUGCUGGCUCGGUGCGAACCUGGCAAUAUCAUUCUUAGAAGCACCCGUCAAGUUCCUAGCACCUUCACCCUCCCGUCGGGGACUCAUCGACGUCGGCCGCCACGUCUUUUCGGCCCUCAACAAAGUAGAAGUCAUCCUCGCUGCCUUUGAUAUCCUCGGCUGGUACCUCCUGACCCAGCGUGGACUGAUCGUGCCUCUAUCCACCGGAUGGACCAUCGGAUCGAAUCAUGCAGGAUUCCGGCACCUGGGACCGCGCUAUUGGCUUCAGUUCACGCCCGGAGUGAUCGUAUUGCUGCUCCAGAGCUUUGGGUUCCUCCCGAUCAUGAGGAGUGUAGGCGAACGAUUUAUUGAGGGUCGACCGGUUGAGAACCCGAGGGUCCAUGGGGUCUAUGUGGCCCUGGAGGCGGUCAAGGUCGCGGCAUUAGCUUUUAGCACAGUGAGCGUUGGAAAGGCACUGCUGAAGUUGACCUAGAGUAGCGUCCGAGCUAAAUGUUUUAAAAUAAAAUAAAAUAAAAUAAAAUGGAUUUUACCCAGCGGGGGGUUUUUUUCCUGCCUG